AUGAAUACAACUGAAUUUAAAGCAGGUAUGGAAAAAGUUGAUAUUGAGCUAAUCAAUUCAAUGUUAAAAGAGUUUUCAGUUGGUACACAUUUUCAGCAAAAAUUAGAUAGGGAUUUUAAAAAGAUACAGGAGUAUAUUGGGUCGAUAUUAAGCAAAUUAGACGAAUUACCAGAUACUGAAGAGUAUCAAAAAACUGUGGAUGAAUAUAUAGAAAAGCUAAAAACAUUAACAGACCAAAGCAGGAUGUUUAUUCAUAUAGAUAUGGAUGCUUUCUAUGCAAAUGUAGAGGAAAUGGAUAACCCAGAAUUAAAUGGUCAUCCAGUUGCAGUUGGUUCAAUUGAUAUGUUGGUUACAUCUAAUUACGAGGCUAGAAAAUAUGGUGUUCGUUCAGGUUUACCAGGGUUGUUGGCUAUGAAAUUAUGUCCACAAUUAGUCAUUUUACCAUCGCGUAUGGAUAGAUACAGAGAGGUCAGUUCAGUUAUCAGAAACAUUUUUUCAAAAUAUGAUCCAAAUUAUGUUUCGCCAUCAUUAGAUGAAGGUUGUAUUGAUAUUACAGAUUAUUUAAAAAACAAUGAAGGAUUAACACCAGUCGAUGUAGCAAACUCAUUACAAUCCGAUAUUUAUAACGAAACAACAUUAACUUCAAGUAUGGGUAUUUCAUGUUCUCCAUUGCUUUCAAAAAUAUGCAGCGAAAUUAAUAAACCAAAUGGCUUCUUUUUUUUAGAAAAUAAACACACUCAAGAAUUUAUAAAAACAAUUCAGAUUAAAAAAUUACCAGGUAUAGGCAAAGUAAGACAGGAGUUAUUGAAAACAUUAGGUUUGGUAACAGUUGGUGAUGUGAUCGAGCACCGUUAUGAGUUAUAUUUUAUAUUCCCAGAACAGCACAGGGAUUUACUUUUUAAGCAUGCCCUCGCAGUGCCAAUAUUCCCAAACAAAUCAUCAUUCAGAGCAAAUAAAAAGAAAACAAUGAUCAGUAAAGAAAAGAAUUGUAAAGAGUUAUACGAUGAAAAUGAUUUACAAGAACUAAUGGUGUCAUUACAUUCGCAGUGUAUAGAAAUGCUAUCAAUCGAAAAUAAAUUAGCAUGCUCAAUAAUUGUAAAAGUACAAGAUUUUUCAUUCAAAGUCACCAAUUAUACAUACUCAAUAAUUUCAACCAAAAAAUUGGAUAACCAGAGCCAGAAUAGCAGCGAUCCAAACGAAUCAUUUGGCAAUGACGAAUACUCCACCGAGGAGAAAGAGUCUAUGAUUAAAGAGGAGGGCGAUUACUUUUUAGAAAACAAUUCUCUUCCUACUACAGCAUCACCAAAUAAAAAGAAAAGGCAAAUUAUUUACCCAAAAACCUUUGUUGAACACACAGAGAAAAUUUGGGACAUUUUCAAUCAAACUGUAUCACCAAUAAAAUUCGAAUCAAUCAGGUGUUUGGGUUUAAAGCUUUGUAACUUAAUAGAAAAACCAGAAGAAUGUAAAUAA